UUAACCUAAAAAAUAAUGUUUCAACUGCUCCAACUGCAAUGACAGGAUGGCAAAUAUCAAUACAAUUACGAGUCUUCAUGUACAAAAACUAGGACAUAAAAUCGAGGAGAUUCGCUGCAGAGCCCUCGAGAACAUAAUAUCAAAGUUGGAGCAUGGAUUCACCUGCAACUGUGAAGGAGUCAAGAGAGAACUUCUUUCAAAACUCUUCAAUUGGUUCUCUUUUGAGACAUUUCCUAAUCCUGGGAAAGUUCUGGACCUGAUUCAUUACUUGAUUUCGCAAAACAAAGUGAUCCCCUUCGAGGACCCCCGCACGAGGGCCGACCUCCACCAGCUCCGAGUUCGCCUCUCCCCCUCAUGGCACCAGAAACUCGACCAAAUCGAGGAAUCCCUCGCCCACCUGCUCCCACCCUCCAACUCCCCCUCUCCCCCCCAGCGCCGUCCCCCCUCCCCCCAGACCUCAACCCUUCUAGAUGCGACGCUUCCCUCCCCCUUAAACACUCCGGUCUCAAAAAGAACCGAAAACUCGAUUCGCUGGCUGGUGAUGCCCUGGCAGCCGCUGGUGUCCUCCGACAGAGGAGUCCUCUCCGCAGUCGAGGAAGCCCUCACCAAUAAGACAGACCCCAGCCUGAUAACCCACACCUGCCAGCUGAUCACCAACGUAAUGCUCCAAGACUUCCCCGCGGAGGUCUUCCUCCAGCGCCCCUCCAUCAUCUCAAUCUUCCAGAAUUUUCUGAAGACCUCAGAUGAUCCUAAGGUCAUUAGAACCAUUCUGAAGGUCCUUCACAAGCUCACAAGAUCCCUUCGCUUCAGGAUCUACUACUACUGCGACCCCUGCAUCGCGAACAAACGCCAGAGAGUCCUGAAGGAUCAGUCAAUCUCGUCCUCCGGGCACUCCAGCCAGGAAGACCUCGAUAUCGACGAGUCUGUCCUGCAACUCCAGCAGGUGCUGCUUCCAAACUAUUGCAUCGAGACCCUCACAAAUUCUCUGAGGUUAGUGAAUUCUCAGGUGGAGGGUCGACCCUUGGAGACCAUAAAAUCGAUGAUGGAUGUGUCCUCUGAACUCGUGGACCUCCUGAAGAUGUGUUUGAUGCCCUCGAUAUGGCUCUGCGCAGACGGUCUCUCCUUGAAGAUCCAUGAGGAUCUGAAGACCCUGAUGAAACUCCUGGGAGAUGUCCUGGAGUUCCUCAGGAGCUACAGCACGAUCGAUCACUGGAGGAUCACUUAUUUACAGCUCCUCUCCAUCACCAUGAAGUUGUUGUCCUCCCUGGUUCCUCUAGAAGUAUCAGAUUACGUCCUUCCAGGGGGGCUGAAGAUGUCUUUAGCUGUUGCUCUCAUGGACGCCCCUAUAUACCUUAUCCAUCCAGGACUACACUCGACCCUUCAGGAAUAUGCGAGACAAUUCCGAGGGGUCGACGAAAUCGAGUGCCUCCGGAUGUUCGAGGAGACGAGGGCCAUCACGAGAUCUUUAAAAGCUGCUGUUUCUCUUUUAAGAUCUCGUGAGGAUGAGGACAUUGUCACGAAGAUGUACCUCUCGAAGGCAUCCUUGGAGUACCACAAGUGCUAUUCAAUCAUCAUGACAUACUUUUCAAUCCUCCAGAGCUUCAACGACUUCAGUCUUGAGGACAAGUCAUUGUCUUCAAGGCUGCUGUUGCACUUGAUGUCUCAUAGAAACGAAGAGAUCAGAUUGAAGACGUAUGAAGAGUGUAGUUGUCUGGUCUCCGCAACUCUAGGGGUCGAGAAGACCAGGGGAAGGUUCACCUGGACAUGUGUUCUCUUCCUCUUCGACAAGAACAUCCUGACGGAGAUCAUCUGUCAUGGAGUGAAUGAUGUGGAACGAAUUAAGACUCUAGCCGAAGACAUUUUGAUAUUUCUGGUCAAGGGGAAGGUCCAGAUGGGGGAGUCUGGGUGGGGUACCUUCCUGGAGGCUCUCCACCCAGUGUUUCCUCUACUUCAGUCCCUGGCAGAGACCAGAUCUCCCUUGGGCCAGUGCAUCUCCAAGAUGCUGGAUCCGGACAUGUAUAAAGAGAUCGGUCUGACGUACCUCGAAGUACUAAAAGGAAACAUAAGGUUGUUGUUCGCUUCGGAUGGAGCCAUCCGUGAGGAGAGUGUUUUCAGGCUGAUCUACCUCUUGGGUAUGGAGAAGGACUCCUCAUCGAAACGCCCCAGGUUGUCCUCUCUUCAUGGGUUACCACUGAGUUCUCUUCUAAUCUUAGAACGACAAUGUUCUUUCAAGAAGCCUGAGGGCACCUACGAGAGAAGUAACUUGUCGUCAGUCCUGGAGAUGCUAAGAAUGCCGAAUGUCGAGCCCAAGGUAAGAAAGUCCGCCCUCAUUCAGGUGUCCGUUAUGCUGACAGAUACUUCCCUUCACAAGAUCUUUAUGAAGGAAAAGGGUCUUGAGACGAUCCUCGAGAUCUUCGAAAGGUCUUUACUCGAAAAGGACUUCGAGAACUACCCAGACUCCGUCGUCCCCAUUGUAUCCAUCCUCAAACUCAUCUCCUCGACUCAAUUGUCAGUUCGUCAUCAACUCUCAAACGACACUAACGUUUUCACGAACAUCUUAAGAAGUUUGUUCCUGUUCCCAAAUCACGAAGCAAUCAAACUCGACACGUCUCCACUACUAUUUCUCCUGCUAUUCCACGACCAAAUGAUGAACAUUGACGUCAUGAUUUCACUUCCUGAGGUCAUCGUCACCAGGAUGAGAGUUCCCUUCGUCUGCAAGACCCAUUGGAAGACCAGCAUCCAUCGAAACGGGAAGGAUUCUCUCGUCUGUGCUAGCAAUCCCCUAGCCCUGACCUUCCUAAGACAGUUUUGGGCAUGGGAGUGGAACAACCGGGAGGACAUCCUCUGGUCCCUCUGGGAGAAUGUCAACAAUUCUGAGGUCGAUGAUGACUUAAAGAUCAGACAGCAGGAGCUGUCGACCCUCCAAUAUUCAUCGAUCCGAUUUUACACGCAACAACAACUCUUCAACAUUAAAAAUUCGACAACUCACGAAGAAGUCACGUGCGCUUUAGACUACUUAUGGAUGUACAUCAAAUUAUCGGAUCUGAAUGGCUUUGAAAAGAAUCUCAUUAGCUUUACGUCAAUGCCCUGGGAGCAAUCGUUCGAGCGUUUCCUAUUAUCUCAUCCAACUAGUAAAGAGGACUGCUGUCUCUUCGUAGAAGUCCUCAACUUUCUGAACAUUUUGAUCACGAUUACCAAGGAUCCAGGGGUCAUCCUGUGGAUAUCAACGACCACGAGGCACAUGACAAAGUCCAUAUCCGACCUGUUGAGAAGUCUAGACAAGAACUACCAGAACGUUCAUCAGUCACUCUUAAAGCUCGUUCGCACCUGCAUUAAUCUCGAAAGACAAGAAGGUCUCGAAGAGACUGAGAACAGCCUCGAGGACUUUAUUGAGAUCAUUGUCUCGAACCUCUGCUCAAACGAUCAACAGCACUUCUACAAUCUAGCUUACCUCGACUGGCUGCUGAACUGCUUGACCUACCUGACAAGUGACUCCAAAUGGAAGAAGAUGCAAAGCAACAAGAACCUGGUGACGACUCUGGGAAACUUCCUCAUGGAGCUGAUAGUCUCGUUCCAUGGAAACGGGGCUGUUAGCUUCAUGGGUCUCUCCAUCACGAAGAACUCAAUAAUCUGUCUGAAUCAUCUCCUUGAUCACAUGGAGACGAAGAUCUCCUUCUGGUACGACAACGGGAGAACCAUCAACUGGUUGCCAACGUUGUGGACGAACAGGGAUCCUUUGGUGAGAGCUUCUGCUCUGCAGCUGCUAACUGGUCUUGUCCGAGUCCCCCACAACGGUCAGGACCUUCUGCACGGUCUGGGGAUGGCCCCUAACGAGCUCUGCCAGACCCUCAUCAAAGUCGUCAUCAACCGAGAGGAGUCUUGCAUCGUCCGGGAGAAAGCCGCGAUGGCACUGGGGCAUCUCGUGAAGAACUCCAAGUGCUCUUCCUUCAACUACUGCGACUCCCUGAGGUCCAACGCCAUCAUCAUCUACGUGGAACAGGCAAACGUCUACUACGAGAUCAGCCUUCUGUGUUCUAACUUGUACCUGUCAGCCACUCUGGACCCUCCAGAAGAAUCUUCCGACCCCGAGAACUCCGAAACCUCCAGGUCUACAGCGCCCAGGUCGGUCCUUCAUUACUACAACUGCCAUGACGAACUGCUGAUGCUGUCCGUGAAGGAUUCGAUCAACGAUCUCCCGGAGUUCGUAACGACUCCUUCACUCGUCACAGCUGUCUGCAGUCUUCUUAAUCAUCUUAUUGUUGUGGGAGAGGGGGAGGUCGUCAGCAAGAUUUAUGAGAGUUCUCUUGAGAAGUACCUCGUCAGCUGCUUCGGGGCCAUCCCCAAGGGGAUGAGAAGCCCUCAGCUGUGCGAGGUUCUUCAGAUGUUCACCAGUAUCUGCACAGUUCUCACGAACUGCAUCAGCCAUUGCGGGGAAUUCGCGGGUUCCGUUAGCUUUUCUCCGGACUUCUUGUACCUGUUGAUGAGUUAUCUGAAGAGAAAUUGCGAGUCUCGUGGGAUGGGGAUGAGGAAGAGGUUGUGGACUGAGGUUUUCAACUUGAUAAGUGUCUUGUCGUUGACGGAGGGACAGCAUGUGGAGGCGAUCAAGACUGCUGUUGAGCUGGUGGGUGCGGAGACGAUUGUCUUCGCAAUUUGUCUCGGGGUUGAGGAUGGGGACGGCGAGCUGAGGAUGAGUGCGAUUGCUUGUCUUGGAUUCUUGUUGGGGCAGGGGAUCGAAGGGACGGACUUGAUUGGUGAUGCUCUCGAUGGGAUGAUUGUCGGGGGCGAUGGGAUGGAGGACAAGCUGCAGCAUGUACUGGUGGGGGUGAAGGAGUCGAAUUUGGAUAGGAGAACUCGUGAUGGGAGGGAAACGGCUGGGGCUAGAAUCUGUGGAGCAUUGAUGCACCUGAUGAUCGCGCACAACUACGCGAACAGCAAGAAGAAGAACAGGAUGUCCAGGGACAAGGACCUGAUCAUGGGGACCUUGGCGAACCUUCUUUGCAUGAGUGAUGAGGCGAAGGCUUGUGCUGUGCAGGACAAGUUGGGGCAAACUUGUCUGAUGAUUCUGAAGGAGUUGUACACGGAGAUCAAUCUCCAGCCCCAUCAGCCUCAGAAGAGUAAUUCUGAGAGGGAGAAGAAGCUGGGGCCGGUUCUGAGUGAUGUGACCAAGGUUCUGGUGCUGCUGAUGAACUUCGCUUGUGGGAGUGCGGAGGUGAAGAGAAGUCUGGCUGCGGCAGGGGUCGCCGACAUGGUGCAUAAACUGUGGGCGUGGAUCUAUUUGAGUGAUUGUGCUGUUAUUGCGGCUCUGAAGAUGAUCGCGACGCUUACUACUGAGUGUCCUGAAGCCGCGCAAUCAAUGACCCUAACAACGACCCUCCCAGGAACCGGCCCCCGGAGGACCCCUAACACAGUCUCCCUCCUAAACGUGAUAAUCCACCUGAUCUCCCGAGAGAUCGACAGGGCGAGUCAAUCCUUCGACAACCACCGGUUGCACUUUGCCUUCCACGUCCUCAGGAAUUCUGUUCACGUGCACGAGUGUCGCGUGGCCAUCUCCAAGAGCAAUCUUCUCCAGUUCUUCACGAAGAUCCACCCCUUAACGACAAAGCGAAAUAAACCCUGGCCACUGAUCGAGAUCUAUUGCCUAGAGUUCUUGAUUGAUUUUACGUUUUACGAAGAGGGACAGAUCUGCGUUCCCAAGUCCACUGAUGCCUUUGAGGUCCUCAUACAGCUGUCGAAGUGUCCCUCGUCAACUCAGAGGAUCUUAUCUCUUUCAAUCCUCCGGAAUCUAGUGUUCAAUGUCUCCAAUAGACCCAGGAUCCUUUCGUCCAUUGAGUUUAUGAAUCUGUUGCACGGGAUUUUGAAGAACGGUAGCUUCAGUGAGAUCGCGGUGGCUGGGUCAAUUCUAUGGUCUCUGGUGGCUAACAAUCAAAAGGCGAAGCUGAUCGCCAGGACUGCUGGAUUUGCUCAGUCCCUCCAGGAGGUACUGGGACGUCUGUCACUAGACAAAAUGCCUGAUGAGAAUCAACACAGGGACCUUGCCAAGAUGAUUCAGUACGUCAUCAAGCUGAUCAAGGCUACCGACACCAAGUCCGACCUUCAUGACUGAAUUAAUGUAUUUAGAAUUGUGUUUGUAAAUAGUGUGAUGUAUUUUUUGUAAAAGUUUCGUGACAUAAUUAUUAAUUUAACUACGUAAUUUGAAUCUUCGUGGUAAUCAAGAUUAAGUUCUGCGGGGAUAGAAAAGUCAGGAUGAGAAUAAAAAAGUGAUGUGAAAUGGAGUUUUUUUAC